CUGGGUCAAAAUGGUCACUUGGAGCUGGACCUCCGCCGUGGUCGGAGCAGCGACGGCGGCCGCCACCGCGGCGCUGUUGUCGGCGAAGCCCAAAGACCCAACGUUCCACCUGGUCUCAAUCAACAUCACUUCCUUCAAACUCAGCAUCCCUUUAAUCGACGCCGAGGUCGUCCUCACCGUCCACGUCACCAACCCUAACGCCGUCCCCAUCCACUAUUCCUCCACCGAGAUGUCCAUUUUUUACGCCGGAACUUUGCUCGGCACCGCCCAGGUCUCCGCCGGAUCUCAGCCCCCACGGUCAUGCCAGCUCCUCCACCUUCCGGCACGGCUGAGCAGCAAGGAGUUAGCUCUUCACGCGAUGCAGGUGGUGGCGGACGUCGGGAAACGGGAGAUGGUGUUGGAUGCGACGGUGGAUAUCGAAGGAGUGGCGAGGGUGGGGUGGUGGGGACAUAGGUUUAAGGUGCACGUAGAUAGUCACGUGAUAGUUGAUCCUGUGUUUCUUGAUGUCAUUGAGCAGGAAAAUAAGUCGGAUUUGGACUUGUUUGUUACUUAAUAAAAUCAUUAA